AGGAUUUCUCUUUCUGCUUGUGUGACCGCUGGUCUCUCUCUCCUGCUCCAGUAAGUGGAGGCACAAGUUCCUUUUUCCCAGCACUUCAUUCUUCAGGUCUGGGUUGUGCUCUGCUGCCUCAGCCAUGGCCCCCAAAAAGAACAAGACGGCCAAGAAAAAUAAAGGAGACAUAAAUGAGAUGACAAUCAUGGUUGAGGACAGCCCUGUCAACAAGAUCAACGGGCUGAACACACUGUUGGAGGGAGGAAAUGGCUUCAGCUGUAUUUCAACUGAGGUUACAGAUUCUGUGUAUGCCCCCAACCUUCUAGAGGAACUGAGCGUUAUGCGGCAUGACACUUUUCUCUGCGAUCUAACAGUUGCUACAAAGUCAAAGUCUUUUGAUGUCCACAAGGUCAUCAUGGCCUCUUGCAGCGAAUACGUUCGUAACAUCCUGAAAAAGGAUUCUAAACUACAGAAGAUUGAACUGAAUGACCUCUCCCCUGUGGGCCUUGCCACAAGCAUCACAUACGCGUACUCUGGAAAGCUCACUUUGUCGCUCUACAGUAUUGGCAGCACCAUCGCAGCAGCGAGGCUCCUGCAGAUCGGCACCCUUGUGAAGAUGUGCAGUGACUUCCUCAUCCAGGAACUCAGUGUUGAGAAUUGCAUGUAUGUGGUCAACAUUGCAGAUGCCUACAAUCUUAAAGAAACCAAAGAGGCGGCGCAGAAGUACAUGCGGGAGAACUUCAUGGAGUUCUCCGAGAUGGACCAAUUCCUGAAGCUUACCUACGACCAGAUCAGCGACUUUCUUUCGGAUGAUUCUCUUCAGCUUCCCUCCGAGGUCACAGCCUUCCAGAUUGCCAUGAAAUGGUUGGACUUUGAUGAGAAGAGGUUGAAGUAUGCCUCAGAUCUCCUCACUCAUAUCCGUUUCGGCACAAUCUCUGCCCAAGACCUGGUUAACCAUAUCCAGAGUGUGCCGAGAAUGAUGGUAGACCAUGAGUGCCACCGUCUCCUCGUUGAUGCCAUGAACUAUCACCUCCUGCCAUACCAACAGAAUAUCCUUCAGUCUCGUAGAACAAAAGUGCGUGGUGGCCUCAAGGUGAUACUCACGGUCGGAGGACGGCCCGCCUUGACAGAGAAAUCUCUCAGCAAGGACGUCCUCUACAGAGACAUCGACAAUGUGUGGAAUCGGUUGACAGAAAUGCCAGCAAAGAGCUUUAAUCAGUGUGUGGCAAUGUUGGAUGGCUUCUUGUAUGUGGCGGGAGGCGAGGACCAGAAUGAUGCAAGGAACCAGGCCAAACAUGCCGUCAGCAACUUCUGCAGGUAUGAUCCCCGCUUCAACACCUGGAUUCAUCUGAACAACAUGAUCCAAAAACGAACGCACUUCAGUCUCAGCACCUUCAAUGGUCUUUUGUUUGCCAUUGGCGGGCGCAACGCUGACGGUGUUCAGGCAUCAAUGGAGUGCUACGUGCCGUCUUCCAACCAGUGGCAGAUGAAGGCAUCCAUGGAUGUGCCCCGCUGCUGUCACGCCAGCUCAGUCAUUGAAGGAAAGAUCCUCGUUUCUGGAGGUUACAUCAACAACGCCUACUCCAGAGCCGUGUGCUCCUAUGACCCAUCCACCGACUGCUGGCAGGAUAAGAGCAGCCUGAGCUCACCUCGUGGUUGGCACUGCGCCGCCACAGUGGGAGAUCGCGCCUACGCCAUCGGUGGUAGUCAGCUGGGAGGUCGUGGGGAGAGGGUGGAUGUCCUGGCUGUAGAGUGCUACAGCCCUCACAGCGGGCAGUGGAGCUACUGCGCUCCUCUUCACACAGGCGUGAGCACAGCUGGCAUUGCCGUUUUGAACAACAAGCUGUACCUCCUAGGGGGCUGGAAUGAGGGUGAGAAGAAGUACAAGAAGUGCAUUCAGGUGUACAAUGCUGACCUCAAUGAAUGGACUGAGGACGACGAGUUGCCAGAAGCUACAGUUGGCAUUUCAUGCUGCGUAGUUACCAUACCCAAUCGAAAAACAUCACGAGAAUCUAGAGCCAGUUCAGUUUCAUCUGCACCAGUCAGUAUAUAGGCAACAAGAUCCUAAUGAUAAUGUAGUUUAUAUGCUUCCAGGCCUCGGGUUGUCUGUCACGGAUGCCUUGGAUCAAAAACUUCCUGUGGUGAGGACAAGAAUGUUUUUUUUUUUUAAUACGAUCUUUAUCUUUAAUAAAAGAGCAAAUACAGUCCAAAUUGAACCAUGUGAAAUUACAGUUUGGCAGCUGGAUACGUACAUUUGGGAUUAGGCAGACAUUUCUCCAUGGGGCCAAUUCAGAAGAUAGCAUUUAAUUUGCCCUAAUUCUAUUGCUUAUGUCUUUAAAUCUUAAAUUAAAGGGACAGUGUAAAGACAUUAUCAUGACAUAUUGUACAGGCAUUCACAACACCUACUGUGUGUAUGGAAAGUAUUAAGACCCCCUAAAUUUUUUCAGUUAUAUCGCAUCCAUUUGCAAAAAAAAAAAAAAAGGGUCUUGCAAUGAGGAGAGCCUUCCGUCGGGCCAGACAUAAAGCCCGAUUGGUCGAGGCCUGCAGUGAUGGUUGACUUUCUAGAAGUUUCUCCCAUCUUCCAAAUGCACCUGUGGAGCUCAGCCACAGUGAUCUUUGGAUUCUUCUUUACCUCAUGGCUCCUCUUCUCUGAUUGUUCAGUUUAGCUGGACAGCCAGCUCUGUGAAGGGUUCUGGUCAUCCCAAACAUUUGAGAAUUAUGAAGGCCACUGUGAUAUUAGAAACGUCAAGUGCAGAGGAAUUUUUAUUUUUUUGUUAUUUAACCUGAGUCGGAUCUGUGCGUUGCCACAGUUCUGUCUCUGAGCUCUUCAGGAAGUUCCUUUGACCUCAUGAUUUUCCUUCUUCUCUGACAUGCACUGUGAGCUGUAAGGUCUUACAUAGGUGUGUAGAUUUCCUAGUUUAUUCAGUGCAAUCACAGAUAAUGGGACACAAACGAAGAUCUGGAUCCAUCUCAAGGAUGAAGAAGUGGACAGUACCCAAGUCAAAUACGAGUGUCACAGCAAAGGCUCUGAAUACUUACGGGGGUGUGACGUUUCAGUUUCUCUUUUCAUAAAUGUGCAGAAAUUUUGUUCUUUUUCUGUCAAAAUGGGAUGCUGUGUAUACAUUAAUGAGGGAAAAAUGAAAUGAAAUUAUUUGAGCAAAUCGCUGCGAUAUAACAAAGACCUAAAAAAAUGUAAUGGGGUCUGAGUACUUUCCGUACACAGUGUAUAUUUAUUUCAAAGGAUAGUUUAUGGAGAGUUGGAGCGACUGUGAUUCUCAGAUACUUGAAGAGUAUAAGUGGUUGGAAUUAAUGUUGGAAUAACACCUACCAGGAGUAAAUGUUUAGGAUGAGUGUUUUUAACAGACUUCAGGGUGAUCUCAGUAUUCAUUGGUCAUUUUGUGUGUUUGUCAUAAACACUGAGAGUGGGGGCGAGGGGGUCAUUCUGCUGGAAAAUGAUGCAAGGACGACCUUUGAAUGUGUUCCGAAAAUUGUCUUGUAAAAAAAAAAAAAACAAAGAAGAGGAACAAGAAGAAAUCGUAAUUUAAGAAAUAUGUUUCUGCCUGAGCUUUCUUGGGAGUUUAAAUAUUACCCUUGUUGCUCAUGAUUUUUUUUUCAA